CAAUAAAUGCAAAAUGAUAUUUACCAUUUAGAGAUGAAGAGGAUAUUUCAUAUACAACAACAACCAUACAAAGUUAAACCAAAAUGGAAGAUUAUGAGAAGGAAUUGCUAGACGAUUUUGGAAGUGAUUCAGAUGAGCAUGAACAAAUUGAAGAAAAACCAGAAUUAGAAGUAGAAACCGAACAUGAAGAGAAAAGUGAGGUUCCAUUUGAAGAAAGACUCGAAGAAUUAUUACGAAACUAUACCUUAAGUAACUCAUACCAUGCCAUACUAAAUGAGUCAAAUAUUGAAAAUAUUGAUAAUUUAACUAAAUUCUCAAAAAUACUACCAUUGCUUGCGGAAAUAAAAUCUAAAAUUGAAGAGUACUCAUCACAUAAUGAUCAAGAUGAAGAUUAUUGGGAAUUAAUAAAUUCUAUAACGAGUGAUUCUGAACCUCAAUCUCAAGAAUAUCGAUUUAUAUUAUCAAUAAAUGAAUUAUCUACCAUAAUAAAUCAAGAGAUAACGACUUUCUAUUCGUUAGUGAAACUUCAAUAUAAAGUAGUAUUUCCUGAAUUGGAAUCAAUAGUUAUAAAUCCCAUAGAUUAUGUUAAAAUAGUAUGUAUAAUUAAGCAAGAUUUGAAAGGUAUUAGGACAUAUGAAUCCGAAUUAAAACCUUUCAUAACAAAUGAAAAGAUCUUGGUUAUAAUUAUGGCUGCAUUACAACAAGUCACUAAUCAAUUUAUAUUGAAUGAUCAAGAUUUACAUAAAUUAUUAAGUUGUUGUCGAUUGGUAUUAGAAUUAGAUGAUUUAUUACAUGAUUUAUCACUGUUUAUAUCUCAAAAGUUAUCAAAGAUUGCUCCUAAUGUUAAUGCAAUCAUUGGAUCAAUUACAACCUCUCAAUUAUUAAUUGCAACAGGUUCUUUAAAGCAAUUAGCUUUAACUCAAGCAUGUAAUCUACCUGCUAUUGGAGUAAGAGAUCUUUCUUCUCAAACUAAAAAUGUUUCAAAAGUCAUUAGACAAACAGGUUAUCUAUAUCAUUCAGAUAUAGUUAAAUAUUUACCAGAUGAUAUUCAACGUUCAGUAAUGAGAAUUAUUAGUGGGAAAGUUAUUCUAGCAGCUAGAAUUGAUUUAUCAAGAUCAAGUCCUAAUGGAGAGUUUGGUCAGAAAUAUCUUGAUGAGAUUAAAUUAAAGAUUGAGAAAUUAUUAGAACCUCCAGAAAAUCAACCUGAUAAAGCUCUUCCAUUACCAGUUGAAAUUAAAUCUAAAAAGAGAGGAGGUCGUAGAUUUAGGAAAAUGAAAGAAAGAUUUCAAAUGUCAGAAUUGCGUAAAGCCCAAAAUAAAAUGGAAUUUGGUAAACAAGAAGAUUCAAUUAUGGAUAGUUAUGGAGAAGAAAUUGGAUUAGGUAUGAGUCGUUCGAGUGGUUCUAAUGGUAGGAUUGGUGCUAUUAAGAUCAAUACCAAUACUAAUGCUAAAAUGUCAAAAGCAAUGACUAAUAGGUUGCAACAACUGAAUAAAAAAGCAAAUACUCAACGAAAUAGUAUAUAUGAUGAUGACUUUGAUAGUAUAAUUCUUGCGAAUCCUGCUUCGAACAAGUCCAAUGAAAAUGGUUCCAAUUCUAAAGUAUCUAAACUAGGUGGUAGAACUCCUAAUUCUUGGUUAAGUGGUAUUACCAAAACAGAUGAUAAUGAGAAUCCCCUUAAGAGAAAGAAAAUAGAUUAAGCCAUUCUACUGUGAAUAUAAUCUACUCUACUAUACUAUACUAUACUCUAAUCUACUCUAACUUCUACAUAUAUACCAUAGACAACUUGUCUCUUGACAAUAAUACACGCACCCCCUUAUUUCCUCACAAAUAUCUCCCUAUCUCAUACUCAUAAUAAUUUGCAUCCAACUAUGU